GAUUAACUUCGAGCAGAGAUUUCGCCCUCGAAAACUCGUGAGCUCGGAGAUUUCGUCGACUGUGUUCGUAGCUUGAAAAUGGUAGACGAAGAGAGCGCACGGGACGGAAAAUAUAGAACAUCGAAAGCUAUUACGAACGAUCCCUCGCGAUGAAGAAUCGAAGGUACGAUCGAGAUUGAAGGUAGGGAGUACCGGGACAGCUGGGAAGGGGCACACGUAGCGUAAAAGUAAGAGAAGCAGCAGGCCGCGCUAUUCACGAUCCAGAGACACUUCUCUUUAUUCUCGUUCCGUACAGCUGGUUAAAAGCCUUCUCCUUUAGUCGUCGUCCGCCAACGACGGUACGUGUGCGGCAGCAUCGCGCGCUGCACCGAUCCCUGUUGCGCGCUUUUGUGUGUUCUCUCUCCUAUCUCUCUCUUUCUCUCUCAUUCUCUAUCUCUCUCUUUCUCUCUUUCUCUUUCUCUCUAGAAGCGAGUUCGCCGAUUGUUCUCUUUUAUUUUCCAAUUACGACAUUCCAAAUCGCACAUAUCCGAUUCUUCUUCGGAUCACCGAGUGAAAGUGAAAGCGUCCGGCGGCUUGGGGGCUAACUUUUUCGUAUAUUCCGCGCUAUAUCGUUCGUCUCUGUGUUCGAGUUCGAGUCGCAGGCGGUGAAGGUGUCCGAACGAAUGUCGCGGGUUGACAUCAGUCCGAUUGCGCUGCAACGGGACAAAGACAAAUGAGAAAGAAACGGUGAUCUCGAUUAACGGUCGCUUGCGGUUACCAUUUGUCGCGUAACCACCGAUAAUCCCGAAGAGGAAGCGGGGAGUUUACGCGACCUUGUAAAAUAUAAUUCCGGGACAGUGACUAAUUAGGCGUAACCAGGAAGCGGUACCGUUCGAUAUGAUAGCGACGAAGGGAGUGUCCUUGCUCGGUAGAAUUGUGGUCCCCUCGUGAUAUGUCCUUGGAACUUGCAACUCGACAGUCGACCAUGAUCCAAUCAUGAUUUCCGCGACGAGAACACGAAUCUGUCCUACGCCGUGUCGAGUUAACAAUUGUCCAAAUUGAUACGGUUCCCCGAGAGGCCCGUCAUUCACGCACAGAGGUCGAGCAGACUCUGAGAUUUGACUUGUUAAUACGACUACAGCUCGUUCGAAAUGUCAUUAGUGAAUUUUACCUUGCCCUAUCAAUCGGCGACGAUGGCGCCGUUCCUCUACACGGGCGCGGGGCAUACGACAGCCAACAAUCUCCGCCUGAACGCCUUGUUGCCGUCGGCAGCUGUGCCAACUUUUAAUGAACAGGAACCUUUUCAUAACGAGCCUUACGUAUCUCCGAUCAAGUACCGUCAGCAUCAGCAACGACGUCAGACAACGACGCAACAGAAGAGUCGUGAGAUUUACGCGGAGCAGUCGUCUUUCUCAUCGACGCAGGACACUCGUUAUGCCGUUUAUAAUCAAGACUUCAGGAGAACACAGCCGAGACAGCAACAGCAGCAGCAGCAGCAGCAGCAGCAGCAGCAGCAGCAGCAGCAGCAGCAGCAGCAGCAGCAACAACAGCAGCAGCAGCAACAACAAAUGAGACCACCUCCCUCGUCGUUUCAACAACAACGAAAUCAUGCGUCCGAAUCGGCCAAACCUCGUACGGAAGAACAAGAAAAUUAUCCUGAGAGACCCAAUGGUUACACAAGAGUUAACGGCGGGAGCUCCAUUGGUCCAGGCACCAAAACUUCGGUCCACGCUGUGUUGGAUUACGACGACGAUUUUGAUGAUUAUUACGACGACGACGAUCAGGAUGUGCCGACCAACGCACACGUCACACCUAUACAAGGGCCAAUUUUCCUAAAGAAUGGUUCUGUUCCUGUUGUGCCAUUGUACUCGUAUCCUCAGCUAAACAACGGCACAUUCGUACAAAUACCGAUACUUUGGACCGCGCUUUCGGUGGCAUUAGGUGUCGAGCUGAGGGGAGAUUUGGUGCGAGGUGCACCGUGUAUCAAAAGAUAUCACCAGUUAUUUUGCCCUACCGCGGGGAACACAUACCCGAUAGAACGAAUAGAGCGUUUUAUCGAUGAAAAUAAGGCGUUGAUGAAAAGGAUGUAUGGUGACUUUGAGAUGAAUCCAGGAUACGGAUCGAGCGCGAGCGAACCCGGACAUCGCACUCGAACACGAAGAAAAAGUAGAGAAGCGCGGAAACACGAUAGUCCGGACGGCGGACCUAGAGAACGAAACGACGAGAUACAGGUAGAAGGCGAGAUCGACGAGGAAUAUUUCGGCAAGAAUAGAAACCCGAGACAGUCUUUCGGGAAGAAUCGCAGCUCGGAGAGCGGCAGGAUUGACGCGUGCGAGUCUAAAGUCGAAAUCGUCACUCCCUAUUGGGCGAGCAACAGCGCCGGAAAGAUUCGCGCCAUUGUGAAUACUCAGCAUUUCGAGCAGGCCAUACAUCAGGAAGUGUGCUCGAAAACACAGACGAACCGUUGUGGCGGGGACUGUGGAUGCGAGCAGAAGUACAAGUGGCAUAGAUUGCUCGCGUACGAUCCCGAUAACGAUUGCAAGGGUAUAUUCAUGGAUUGGUUCUUGUUUCCUUCCUGUUGCGUUUGCAGAUGCGACCCGACUACCAACAACAAGUUCCCUUCGUCGAGUAGCAGAAAUUGAUGCGGCUCGACAAAACGAUCGCCGACAGAAAGGUUGACAUACUUUCAUUUUUAAUGCAUUUCAGGACGAGUGCGUUAUUGACAGCUUAGAUGCUUAGGCGAUCUUAAAAUUAGUCAAAUAGUGAUCAGAUGAAAAUUCGUAAAUUCAUCUUAGAUAAGUGAUUUCUUUAAAUGUAUCUAGAUACAUUGGAUACAUUAAAUGUAUUUAGAUACGUUUUAAAUAUAUCUAGAUAAAGGAUAAAAUUAUAUGACGACUCAUCCAGACAACUUCUCUAGGUAGAACUUUCUCUAGAUAGAAUAUUGUUUUUUUAAGACUAUUUACAUAAAAACAGUUAUGUGAAAAGAUUGCAAAUUGUAAGAAAGGGAUAUAAAAAUAUAUUCAUACUUUUAUUUAUAAGCUCUUAUUACAAGAACGACAGUUUUUCCCAUGUGCUAUCCAAUAGAUAAUUUCUGCGAGGAACAUAAUUUUGUUGUUCACUUUGUCACGAUAAAAGUAAAGAUAAUACUUUCUUCCAUCUGAGAUAUAUAUGAAGAUAACAUGUAUCUUCAGUAUCUGAAUAAGAUGGCACAGAGACUUCAUCUAGGUGAUUUUCUUUAUCAUUUCACUUAGAUAACAGCAAACACAAAAUGGAUAUCCAAUAAGAAAAGCUAUCCUCCAAGAAUUUCCAUUGGACGUCGGCUGCAUUUCGAAGUGCACCGAAGAAAAACUGUCAACCUUCCUGAUCGGCAAUCUUGCAGUCUGUUGCAGAACAGUUUGGACACAUCUUUUCUGAUAAUGUUAAGAGCAUUUCAAGUUGUCAUAAUUCUCCGCAGUUACGUAAUCGAUUAUGGAAAAGAUUCGUCUAAAAUGUCCCGCAAUCGACUAUACUUACCUCCAUGUGCCGUAAUUCUGUUGCCAUGUGAACUGCGACGGUGAACGGCGCAGGAUGUCUCUUGAUGAAAAACACGAUGCGAAAUAUACUCUGGAGAAAAUUGCGAAUAAGAGACAGUCGAAUAGUUUCAUGUAACGCGUAGCGUGGAGCGGACUAUUUCAGUAACACAGAUUUUAUUAUUUAUAAGAAAAAUAUAAAUGUUAUCGUUUGCGUAGUUUCCCCGAUGAAUGUCGAUUAUGAUUACAAUAAAGUGUUAUUAGUCAGCGCGUUUAGCCCAUAAAUAAUUCAGCGCACGAGGCUCGACAUUGCCUGUCAAUCGCAGCGUGCGCGAUUGUUCCGUUCUCUGCUUUCUCCUCUUUUUCCACCGGAUACACGUGCGAUUCCUCUUCGACUAGAUACGAUGCGUAUGACCGUGGCACGUGACCGCUAUUAGGACUCGUUGCAUCAUAGUGUGCAACUCUCGUAAAAUAAGUAUAUAAUAAAGUGUCAAUGAUUUGUAUAUAUUGCGUAUAACGAUUACACUCCUUACUUGAGACCAUAUAAUUCUUUUUGUGUGAAUAAAAGUACCUAUGGAGAGAA